AUGCUGCCCCGAUUCACACGCAAGCCUGUGGACCACCCGCUCGGGUUUCUCGUGGCGCUCUCCGGCCUGAUGAUGCAGCUCAUGUCGUACGGCAUCGACAACAGCUACUCCAUCUUCUCUGACGACAUGCACAACGACGCGUCGCUCGGCUACCCGUCCAUCACGGCGAUUAGUCUCGGCAACUCCGUUUCGCUCGGCCUGUCGCCGCUCUUCGGCGUGCUUGCCGGCUUCGUCGUUGACCGUGUGCCGCCGCGUCUCAUGAUGGCCACGUCGACGGUGCUGCUCUUCGCCGGGCUGUGGAUCAGCUCCUCCUUCGCCGGCAGCGUCACGGCGGUGACGUUCUCGUACUGCCUGCUCGCGUCCAUCUCCUCCGCAUGCAUGCUGUCACCCGGCGCGGCCGCGACGAGCUCGUGGUUCCGCCGCUACCAGGGCCUCGCGAUGGGCAUCAACUUCAGCGGCGGCGGCGUUGGCAGCGCCAUCAUCCCGGCGCUCGCAGGCAAGUGGGUCGUGAUGUACGGCUGGCGCAAGACAUUCCGUCUCAUGUCGGCGUUCUGCGCGAUCGGCGUCGUGGCGACGUGUCUGUCGGCGAAGCGGCACCCCGACGCACCGUCAGCGUCCACAGAGGAGCCGAUGAGCGAUGACCGGCAGCAGGAGCAGGGGCCGAAGCAGGAAAAGCAGCGCCAAGAGAAAGAGAAGGGGUCAUCCCAGCAGGAAGCGGAAGCGGAAGCGGAAGCGGAGCAAGAGGGGGAGGUGGUGGAGUAUAUGCAGACGAUGACGCCGCGUAACCUGCACACGCACAAGCUCACGCCGUGGGAGCUGUUCCUGUCGAUAUUCACGGUCGCCUUCAUGGGUAACUUUAUGUGCUGGCUCAUCUUCAGCUGGGCUUUCUACUCGCUCAUCUACAUCGCCGUGCCGUAUAUAUCAUCGAUGGGCAAGCCCGGCACCGUCUAUGCGGACGAGAAGCCGAUCCCCACCGACACCGCUUCCACCGUGUUUGUCUUCUACGGUGUGUUCCAGAUCAUCGGCUCUGUUCUUGUUGGGUGGGUCGCCACGCUCACGACGGACGAGUUCGCCUACGUUUUGUGCGCCAUCGUGGGCGCGCUCGGCUGCGGCUUCCUCGCGUUCUGCCGCACCUACAUCGCCUUCGCUCUUCUCCUGUGCGUCAUCGGCUUCUGCAUGGCCGGCAUGUUCGCCGUGAUGCCGGCGCUGAUUGCGAAGCGGCUGUACGGGCCGAACCUCGGCUUCUACAUGGGCGCCGUCUUCCUCGCCGGCGUCGUUGGCGGCUUCUCCGCCCCGCCCAUUCAGGCGGAGCUGCAGCAGCGCAACUACGGCAACUACUCGUACGUGUGCGUCUUCAUGAGCGCCUGCAUGACGGCGGCGGGGGCGGUGUGCUACAUCACGAUGUGGCGCGGGAAGACCAUCCGCAUCGUGAGCGCCGCGGCGGCGACGCAGCUGCUGUGA